GUUCCUGUUUUGUGAAGACUCGUCUCCAGCCGAAAUUCCUGACCAGUGGCCAGAAAAUGAGCACAUCCCCAGAUAGAAACUCCGAGCUACCCCGCUGACCUGUGAGCAGCCAUGCCCUCCCUCCGUCACCCAUCGAGGGGGACCCCUCUCCAGAUGUGGGAUUGUUUCCUGACAUAGAUUUGUAAGAUUAGCUGAACCUCGCGAUAGAAAUGGCAUUGGUUUGUGCGAGAUAUAACACAUCAGAGUACAUAUUAGAAUACAGGUGAGGCUUAACCUCGAGCCAAUAACCACAGGACUCUCAAGAAGAGGUAAAAACCGCCUCAGAUGACCUUUACAGAAGGACGCAGCCCAGCUUUGAUGAUUUAGUAACCAUCCCACUGCCUUACUGACAAGGUCGUACCAUGGCUGCUGCUGAUCCCCAUAGCAACGGUUCUUUGGUGGGGCGAGGAGCAGAUUGAGAAAGCGUCAACAAUGCAGCGUAACGGUGGUGGCGUGGGUGCCGGUGGCCAGCCAUGGGUGUUGCGGCGCGUGCGCCUCACCUGGCUCAGUUUCAUGCUGUUCUUCAUCCUGGUCUUCUUCCCGCUCAUUGCCCACUACUACCUCACCACCAUAGACGAAGCCGGGGGUCCCGACAAGCGCAUAUUCGGGCCGCGACCCGGCGGCGAACUGUGCGAGGCCAAACACGUGCAGGACCUGUGCCGAAUCCGCGAGUCGGUCAGCGAGGAGCUGCUGCAGCUCGAGGCCAAGAGGCAGGAGCUCAACGGGGAGAUCGCCCGACUCAACCUGCGCAUCGAGGCCUGCAAGCGCAGCAUCGACAGCGCCAAGCAGGAUCUGCUGCAGCUGAAGAAUGUUAUAAGUCAGACUGAGCAUUCCUAUAAAGAACUGAUGGCACAGAACCAGCCCAAGCUGUCGUUGCCGGUCAGGUUGCUGCCAGACAAGGAGGACCCGGGACUGCCACCACCUAAGUCUGCACGCUCCUGCCGCCUACGCUCCUGCUUCGAUUACGCUCGCUGCCCUCUUACGUCUGGGUUUCCUGUGUACGUCUACGACACAGGCUCCUAUCCAUGGGGGGACUAUCUCGACCCACUGGUGAAGCAGGCUUUCGCAGCCUCAGUUAAGAGCAACAUUUAUGUAACUGAUAACCCCAGCAUCGCCUGUCUGUAUUUGGUGCUGGUAGGGGAGCUACAGGAGCCGUCCUCCUCCCCGCUGCCAUCUCCUUCAGAGCUAGAGAAGCAGUUAAAAGCUCUUCCUUACUGGAGGUCCGAUGGACACAAUCAUGUACUGGUGCAUCUCUCUAGAAAGUCCAUGACACAGAACUUCCUCUAUAAUGUGAGCACAGGACGGGCGGCGGUCGCUCAGUCCACCUUCUUGGAGCAGCAGUACCGCGAGGGUUUCGACUUAGUCGUGUCUCCUCUGGUUCACGCCCUCUCAGAACCGAACUUUCUGGAAGUGCCACCUCAAGUUCCCGUAAAGAGGAAAUACCUCUUCACCUUCCAGGGCGAGAGGGUGGAGUCACUGAGGAGCAGCUUACAGGAGGCGCCGCCUCAGUCUUUCGAGGAGGAAAUGGAAGGAGACCCACCAGCCGACUACGACGAUCGCAUUAUCGGUACCUUAAAGGCGGUGCAGGACAGCCACUUGGAUCAGGUGCUGGUAGAGUUCACCUGCAAGAACCCGAGGCCGAGUUUGCCGACCGAGUGGGCUCUUUGCGGAGAGAGGGAGGACCGGCUGGAGGUGCUCAAGGUUUCAACGUUUUCUUUGGUUAUUGCUCCAGGCGAUGGGCAAUUGGUGGCUUCAGCAGGCUGCGGGAUGAGGCUUUUUGAGGCCCUCGAGGUAGGGACCAUCCCAGUCGUGUUGGGGGACCACUCCAGACUUCCAUAUCACCAGUUCAUUCGGUGGAGUGAAGCUGCCAUUAUAGUUCCUAAGCCUCGUGUCACGGAGUUACACUUCCUGCUGCGCAGCCUAUCAGACAAUGACAUGCUAGCUAUGAGGCGGCAGGGCCGCUUUCUGUGGGAGACCUACUUCUCCACCUCGGAGAACGUGCUUAACACCCUCCUCGCCAGCAUCAGGACCAGCAUCCAGGUUCCCGCUGCACCUAUCAAAGAAGAGCCCGCCCACGAGAUCCCUCACAAAGCGGGGAAGCUGGCAGGAACCGACGCCAACUUGGCCGACAACGGUGACCUGGAUUUGGGUCCUGUCGAGACGGAGCCUCCGUACGCCUCUCCGCGCUUUCUCCGCAACUUCACAUACACAGCUGCAGACACUUAUAGAGCAUGGAACCGGGCCCCGGGGCCUUUCCAUCUGUUUCCCCACACUCCUCUGGACCCCGUGCUGCCCUCUGAAGCCAAAUUCCUCGGCUCGGGUACCGGUUUCAGGCCUAUCGGUGGAGGUACGGGAGGCUCGGGGAAGGAGUUUCAGGCGGCCCUCGGAGGGAACGUACCCCGAGAACAGUUCACUGUAGUCAUGCUGACAUAUGAGAGGGAGGAGGUGCUGAUGAACUCUCUGGAGAGGCUGAAUGGACUGCCGUACCUCAACAAGGUAGUGGUGGUGUGGAACUCGCCCAAGCCUCCUUCAGACGACCUACUGUGGCCAGACAUCGGCCUGCCCAUUGUGGUCGUCCGCACAGAAAAAAACAGCCUGAACAACCGCUUCCUUCCCUGGGACGCCGUGGAAACCGAGGCCAUCCUGUCGAUCGACGACGACGCUCAUCUCCGCCACGACGAGAUCAUGUUCGGGUUCAGAGUGUGGCGUGAAGCCAGGGAUCGCAUCGUGGGCUUCCCCGGGAGGUAUCACGCCUGGGACGUCAACCACCAGUCCUGGCUCUACAACUCCAACUACUCCUGUGAGCUCUCCAUGGUCCUGACGGGAGCUGCUUUCUUCCACAAGUAUUACGCCUAUCUGUACUCCUACGUGAUGCCUCAGGCCAUCCGGGACAUGGUGGACGAGUACAUAAACUGCGAGGACAUCGCCAUGAACUUCCUGGUGUCUCACAUCACCCGCAAACCACCCAUCAAGGUAACAUCCCGUUGGACUUUCCGCUGUCCCGGCUGCCCUCAGGCCCUUUCGCACGACGACUCGCAUUUCCACGAACGCCACAAGUGCAUCAACUUCUUCGUCAAGGUGUACGGCUACAUGCCGCUGCUGUACACGCAGUUCCGCGUCGACUCCGUGCUGUUUAAGACUCGUUUGCCCCACGACAAGACCAAGUGCUUCAAGUUCAUCUAGCGUCGAGGCUACUGCAGCCCCGUUUAAAAGAGCCAAAAGCGGAGUGAGAGUUUGAAGGACUGGGUGUGUUUUUGUUUUGUUUGUUUGCUUUUUUUUAAAAAAAGAACAGCACUGCGAGCAGUGAUGAAGAUGGACGGAGACGGACGGACGGACUGCCAGAUUAAAAGCACAGAAGGAAAGUUUUGGGGUUUGGAUUUUGCCCAGCGGAGGGAUAGACAAGUUCACCUUUUAAAAAGCUGUUGGCUCGCGGUUUAAUCCACAACUCGACUGAGAAAUUCGAAGAGCGGAAGCUGAAAGGGACCACUGCCAACAAAAUUAGCCUUUUCAGUGGACGUCACUCCUAUUUCAUGUUCCUCAAUCACGCUCAAUCAUCAACCACUACAGAUGUCAUUUGCACCUCUUUAAACGGCCUGCUGAGGAAAGGGCGAUUGUACACAGUGUACAGAAACUCUCCCCCCGCGAUAAACCCGACCUGACAAUGGAGCUAUCCGUUACCGAAUCACUGACAGACUGAUGUCAGGCUGCGUUCAAGCGCCGGCAGCCUGUUGACAGUUUCAGUUGGGAGAGCAAAAAAAAAAAAA